AUGCUGCACUGUCUCACCCAGGGCUGGGCAGGGGAAUGGGAGGUGGAAAGGGGGCGAUGCGGGGGAGUGCGUGUUUGUCAGAGGGGAGGUGGGUGCAUGUGGGAGUGGAGGUGGGUGCAUGUCAGAGGGGAGGUGGGAAGGGAGACGGUGUGGAUGACCUGUGGCAGGUGGUGGGAAGCAGGGAGGAGGUGUGUGCAUGAUGCAGGGUUAGAGGGGAGGUGUUUGGGUGGGUGUGUACGGGGGUGGGGGUAGAAAGGCGCGCCCCUCUUGUCUAGUCUGUCAGCAUGCCAGGUCUACAUUCCCACCGCGCCGGCCAGUGAAAAGGGCGGCAAAUAUAUAAACAGGCCUGGCAGGGUUAGAGCCUGCUGGGAGUGAUCGGGGGGAUUUACACCCCGCCGGGCACACAAUGGCACCGCCACAUAACAUACAAACACACACAAUGGCACCGUGGCACAAGAGACCUGAGCCUCCAUAGAUUUGAUGCGUACUGUCUUUUGUUUGGGAAGCGGAGGUUCGUCUAGCCACGGCCUGUGUGUACGAUGCAGGGGGCGCGCCGGGGUGGGUGGGGUGUUGUGGUCCUGAUUGGGUGUGUGUGUGUACAGUGGGGAAAAAAAGUAUUUAGUCAGCCACCAAUUGUGCAAGUUCUCCCAUUAAAAAGAUGAGAGAGACCUGUAAUUUUCAUCAUAGGUACACGUCAACUAUGACAGACAAAAUGAGAAAAGAAAAUUCAGAAAAUCACAUUGUAGGAUUUUUAAUGAAUUUAUUUGCAAAUUAUGGUGGAAAAUAAGUAUUUGGUCAAUAACAAAAGUUUCUGAAGACUUUGUUAAAUACCCUUUGUUGGCAAUGACACAGGUCAAACGUUUUCUGUAAGUCUUCACAAGGUUUUCACACACUGUUGCUGGUAUUUUGGCCCAUUCCUCCAUGCAGAUCUCCUCUAGAGCAGUGAUGUUUUGGGGCUGUCGCUGGGCAACACAGACUUUCAACUCCCUCCAAAGAUUUUCUAUGGGGUUGAGAUCUGGAGACUGGCUAGGCCACUCCAGGACCUUGAAAUGCUUCUUACGAAGCCACUCCUUCGUUGCCCGGGCGGUGUGUUUGGGAUCAUUGUCAUGCUGAAAGACCCAGCCACGUUUCAUCUUCAAUGCCCUUGCUGAUGGAAGGAGGUUUUCACUCAAAAUCUCACGAUACAUGGCCCCAUUCAUUCUUUCCUUUACACGGAUCAGUCGUCCUGGUCCCUUUGCAGAAAAACAGCCCCAAAGCAUGAUGUUUCCACCCCAAUGCUUCACAGUAGGUAUGGUGUUCUUUGGAUGCAACUCAGCAUUCUUUGUCCUCCAAACACAACGAGUUGAGUUUUUACCAAAAAGUUAUAUUUUGGUUUCAUCUGAUCAUAUGACAUUCUCCCAAUCCUCUUCUGGAUCAUCCAAAUGCACUCUAGCAAACUUCAGACGGGCCUGGACAUGUACUGGCUUAAGCAGGGGGACACGUCUGGCACUGCAGGAUUUGAGUCCCUGGCGGCGUAGUGUGUUACUGAUGGUAGGUUUUGUUACUUUGGUCCCAGCUCUCUGCAGGUCAUUCACUAGGUCCCCCCGUGUGGUUCUGGGAUUUUUGCUCACCGUUCUUGUGAUCAUUUUGACCCCACGGGGUGAGAUCUUGCGUGGAGCCCCAGAUCGAGGGAGAUUAUCAGUGGUCUUGUAUGUCUUCCAUAUCCUAAUAAUUGCUACCACAGUUGAUUUCUUCAAACCAAGCUGCUUACCUAUUGCAGAUUCAGUCUUCCCAGCCUGGUGCAGGUCUACAAUUUUGUUUCUGGUGUCCUUUGACAGCUCUUUGGUCUUGGCCAUAGUGGAGUUUGGAGUGUGACUGUUUGAGGUUGUGGACAGGUGUCUUUUAUACUGAUAACAAGUUCAAACAGGUGCCAUUAAUACAGGUAACGAGUGGAGGACAGAGGAGCCUCUUAAAGAAGAAGUUACAGGUCUGUGAGAGACAGAAAUCUUGCUUGUUUGUAGGUGACCAAAUACUUAUUUUCCACCAUAAUUUGCAAAUAAAUUCAUUAAAAAUCCUACAAUGUGAUUUUCUGAAUUUUGUUUCCUCAACUUGUCUGUCAUAGUUGACGUGUACCUAUGAUGAAAAUUACAGGCCUCUCUCAUCUUUUUAAGUGGGAGAACUUGCACAAUUGGUGGCUGACUAAAUACUUUUUUUCCCCCACUGUAUAUGAGGGGGGUCAUGACUGUGUGUGUGUGUGUGUGUACAGAGAGAGAGACACAGAGAGAAACAGGGAGAGAGAGAGCGAGACAGAGAAAGAAACAGAGAGAGAGACCGAGAGAGACAGAGAUGGACACAAUAGCAGGAUGAAUAGUUGUUUUAUUCCCUGUGUGUGUGCUGGAGUCAGCUGAGUGCCGAUAGAGACAGACCGAGGGAUGGGAUCUCCGCUCACAUAAAACAACAACCGUCGAUGGCCGAUCCAGUCCGGUUUGAACCUGUCACACCAGACUGAGAAGCAGACUGAGAAGUGACAACUACAGUAAUUUAACAGACCACAACCCUCUCUCUCAGCUAAAAGGCUCUAACUCUAACGGACGACAGCUCUACUGUUGGCCAAGCAAACACUCUCUGUAUGAUUUGGCAGUCCCACACUCUACUGUACCCCACUCACUUAACCGGUGAGAGAAUGAAAGACUGUCUGCAACCAUCUUCACUUUGUUUACGAAUAUUCUCUCUCUCUCUCUCUCUCUCUCUCUCUCUCUCUCUCUCUCUCUCUCUCUCUCUCUCUCUCAGUGUGCUGGCCCUGGCUACAGCCAUGCCUCUUCUGGAAGAGACCACUGUGCCCCGAGAGCAUCCCCCCACGCUGCCUGUGGUCAUCAUAGGUAUGUUUAGCUCUGACCUCUAACUCUGCCCCGAGAGGCUAGCACCCCUUCGCCACCCCACCUCGCCCGCUGUCAUCAUUCACAGGUAACCUCUGACAUCGUAAACAUUUGAUUCUCUCCUCUGUGUCUGUUUAGGUAACGGGCCAUCAGGUAUCUGCCUGUCCUACCUGCUGAGUGGCUACAAGCCCUACCUGGACCCUUCAGCUGUUCACCCAAACCCUGUUCUGUACAGGAAGCUACAGGAGACCAGACACCUGCCCAUCACCGAACAGGUAAACAUCAAAACAUUGCAUUAAACACACGUACAGCACGCACACACAGAUCACAGUUGACGAACACAUAAACAUUGAAACAUGAUAAAGUCUGUUCUCUCUGUGCAGGAUCUGGAGUAUCUGAGUGAGGGUCUGGAGGGGCGGUCAGGAAACCCUGUAGCGGUGCUGUUUGACACCCUGCUGCACCCCAAUGCUGACUUUGGCUACGAGUUUCCCCCUGUGCUACAGUGGAGACGAGACAAGCAGCAGCACGUCCCUCACCUGGUGCUGGGCAGGGCUACGCCUGGAGGAGCCUGGCACGUGAGUUAUCCCUAAACCGCUUAUACCCUCCUUUCCCAUUCAUUUACCCAGAGCUAUGCCUGUGAAACCUGGCAAGACUUCACCCCUAAACAUCAACCCCAAAAUCUCCUCAUCCCUUUGUUCUAAUGCUAAACCUAAACUCCAUUCUUUAAAUCCUCACCUCCAAUCCUCUCUCUUUUAAUCUCUCUCUUCUAGGUGAUGGAGGGCUCCAUGCUGACCAUCAGCCUGGGCAUCUGGAUGGAACUGCCAGGGAUCAACUACCGAGACCUGACUAACAAUGGGAAACGCAGGUACUGACAGAGAGGGAGGGAGAUAUGAGAGGCUGCAAUGAAGUGAAAUAGAUUGAAAACAAUGCGACAGCUUAAAUGUCCUUAAUACUGUAACAGAGUUUACUAAAGGAUAUUUUGUUUGACAACGAGUGCUCUUCCUCUCUCUUCUCUCUCUCCAGGGGAGUGACCAACGACCGAGCCACUCCAGAGGAGAUCUCGUCUUACUACCGUAACUACGUCAAGCUGAUGGGCCUGAAGAAGAACUUUGUUGACAACACCUACGUGACCUCUGUGCAGAAACUUCUCCGUGGUCACGAGGGGGAGGGUCUAGAGAAUGGUCAUGGAGGGGAAGGGGGUUUGGGGGAGGGGGGAAAGGGGGUGUACGAGGGGAGGGAGGGUGAGGGUGUAGACGAAGGGGGAGGUGGGGGCCUGUGGGAGGUGAGGGGGUACCAGCAGGUGCAGGGCGACACCCAUGUUCCUUUCUGCCUGUUUUCGGAGAAUGUAGUUCUGGCCACGGGCGCGUCUGAUUCGCCAGCUCGGCUGGGUGUGGAGGGGGAGGAGCUUCCCUUUGUGUUCCACAGCAUCUCUGCCCUGGGAUUGGCUGUGAGCCGGAAGAAGCUUGGGCCGAACUCUGACCCUGUGCUGAUCGUGGGGGCGGGGUUAAGCGCGGCGGAUGCGGUUUUGUGUGCUUGUAACAACAACAUUUCUGUGCUGCAUGCCUUCCGCAAACACGUAGACGACCCAGGCCUCAUCUUUAAACAGCUACCCAAGACUCUCUACCCGGAAUACCACAAGGUCUACCACAUGAUGCACUCCCAGACACACGCAACACCAAACAUGGCUGCCACCUCCACCAACAAUGGCCUUCCCAGCAUGGCCGCCUCAGUCUGCUCCAAGAUGUGCUCCAAGCCCCAACCUCCCACAAGUAACAUGACCGCCGGUGGUGGUCCUGUUCUGUUCCCUGACUACACCAGCUUCCCAGAGCACUGCGUGGUGUCCUUCCAGCCAGACAUGAAGUGUGUCCUGCAGGGGAGCAACUCCCUCAAGGCCUUUAAGAUCUCCAUGGCCCUGGUGCUGAUCGGCACCCACCCCAACCUGUUCUUCCUCAAGGGCCAGGGCCAGUACCUGGGACUGGACCCCACCAAGCCCAUCUCCUGCAAGCAGAACCCCAUGGACGUGCACCCCUACACCUUCGAGUGCACCAAGGACCCAGGACUGUUCGCCAUGGGCCCGCUGGUUGGAGACAACUUUGUUCGCUUCCUAAAGGGCGGUGCUCUAGGCAUUGCCUCCUGCCUGCUCAAGAGACUGAAGAAGAAAGGCAAGCUGAUCGCAGACAGGGGAGGAGGAGGAGAGUUUAUCUAG